AUGGGACUCAAGGAGCAGUUCAUUAAAAUUGAGCCUGGUACAGCUCUUGUUUCAGAGUACUUCGAAACAUCAAAAGGAAUAGCAGAUGAAUUGGCUUGGAUAGAUUCCCACGUUCUCAAUGAUAAUAUUACAGUUUAUAUUUUAAAUGGACUUGGCACUGAUGAAGCCGCUCCUAAACGAGGGGAAAAUAGUGCUACCAACAUAGCCAUGACAACCAACAACAUCGGCUUCAAAAGAAACGGUAAUCAAUCUCAACAAGGACAAAUGUAUAACAAUACCAACUUCAGUAGUUUUAGUGGCUGCAAUGGAAAUAAUUUAAACACCUACAAAAUCCCAAGGGCAACACAGUAA